AUGAAAAACAGAUGUUCACCAGAGGCAUUACUAUCUAUAAUCCUUGGGAUGAGCAAAGAACAAAAAGAAUGUGUAAGAUCUAUGGGUUUUGGAGCUUUGUUAAAAAUGAAAAUCACAGAUAUACCACUGAAGCUGGGAUUUUAUGUUCUUCAAAAAUUUGAUUCUGAGAGAAUGGUGAUAGAUAUUGAAGGAAAUGAACUAAAAGUAACAGGAGAGUCUGUUCAUGACAUGUUGGGCAUAACAAUUGGUGGAACCAAACUUACACAACUGGAUCAAUGGCCUAAGGAUGAUACAAGUUAUGAUGAAUGGAAGCAACAAUUUAAAAAAUAUUCAAUCAUCCGACUGAGUCCAAUCAAAAAUGUUAUUGUUUCUACCACACAAGCUGAUUUCAAUUUCAAAUUGAACUUCUUAGUUCUUUUUGUCAACACGUUUUGCGAGUCAACAUCAAUGGGAAGAUGCAAGCUGUUUCCCUUGAGUUAUAUUUCAAGAAAAACAGAUAUCAGCAACAUAGACUGGUGCAGCUAUGUUUUGGACUGUCUUGUCAGAACAAAAAACUCAUACAUACCAUACUCAGAUAUCAACUUCUUUGUUGGACCUUCAACUUUCUUGGUGUUGUUCUAUGCUGAUAACAUCCACUCAGAAGCUUUAACAGUAACACGUAAACGUCCAACAAUUUAUUAUUGGAGUUCAGAGAAGAUUAGAUAUCAAGAGACAUUUGAACAAGAAAAAGGUAGAUUUGGACUUGGAGAAUUAAACGAAGAAUUUGUUAAUGAACAAGAUGAAGGAGAUACAGAUCUCGAAGACAAUGAUUCUGAUAAAGAUGAAGAUCAUUCUGUUGAGGCAUAUGAAUCAAAAAUAUCUAAAAUGCUUAAUAGUUUCGAGAGGAUGAAGGAAAAGCUGAAUUCAAAGCUCAAUGAUGCGAUAACAAAGUUCCCUGAAAAGGAAAGUUUUAGGAUUUUCGAAGAAAAGAUGACAAAUAUAAUUGGUGAAGAAAAAACAGAAGGCACAACUAUUUUUGAAUUUCCAAGUAAUCAAACUGGAUUUGAAGGAAUCAAUUUGACACCAAUAAUCUGUCAAAAAACAAAUGAUCAAAAAGAAAAUGAAGAUAAAGAGGGAAAUGGUGAAGAAGACAAUGAUAAUGAUGGAAGUCAACCAGAAGAAGAUUAA